AUGCUUGCACCAGAAGAUGCCACUUUCGUCGGCUCUAACCUCUAUCACCAGCGAUACCAAACGUGGGUCCUCAACUGCGCUUCUAAUGCGCCUUUGAACGAUGUGGAAAGUCCGGGCGCUGCGGAGGAUAGUGCAGCGCGGCUGAGUGGGGUGAUGGGCGUGGAGGUGCGGAUGACGGUUGAUAGGAGGUUUGUAGGUGAGGAUGCUGAAGAGGCGGUACUUGAGCGCUUCGGUGCGAAUUUGAGGCAGGUCUGUGGUAAGAAGGUGAAUAAGACCAUCGGAGAGCUUAUGCUGAGUGUUGGGUCAUUGUGA